AUGAAAAACGGAUCGCUGUUGGUCGAAUGUUCGACAAAAAAGCAUUCUAAAUGUCUUCCCAAGUCGACUAUUCUAGCCAACAUUCGCAUCAUCGUACUGCCACACACUUCUCUCAACUCCUCGAAGGGAGUUAUCAGAUGCCGAGAUUUGGAAGGUGUUAGUGAUGAGGAAAUCUGUGACAAUCUUACUUCACAAGAUGUCACAGUCGUCAGGAGAAUAAAGGUUCGGAGCAACAACGAAUUGGUUCCAACGAAUACCUUUAUUCUAACAUUCAGUACUCCUACCCUUCCACAUUCGAUUAAGGCUGGAUACCUGAACAUUCCUGUUGAGCCUUUCAUUCCUAAUCCACUUCGAUGCUUCAAAUGCCAAAAAUAUGGCCAUGGUCAAAAUACCUGUCGAGGCAAACUGACUUGCAAAACUUGCAAAAAAGACCUUGUAUGUACAAACUGCAAGGGAGAUCAUUUCGCGUACUCGAGAAGAGUGCCCGAUGUGGAAGAAGGUUCAGGAGGUUGCCAGAAAACUGGUGGAGAGAUUUCAACCUGCUAG